AUGUUGGAAAAGCCACUUCUCGUGAUCGAUGGCGUCGGUUUCGCCUUGUCUUCCGCUCUCUCAAACCUCCGUCGCUCACUAUCUUUCCGCCUGAAGCUUCUGAGAUACGCGAUGUCUUCUUCCUCCAAGUCGUCAUCUUCCUCGGAGCCUAAGAAACCCCGAAAUAUCGUCAUUGUGGGGGCUUCUAUGGCGGGCUACACGGCUGCGCGCACCAUCGCGCAGUACCUGCUGCCGGACUCGGAAUACCGCAUCGUCGUCAUCGAGCCCCGCGGCCAUUUCCACUUCACCUGGGUCCUGCCCCGAUUCUGCGUCGUCGAGGGCCACGAGCACAAGGCCUUCAUCCCGUUCGGCGGGUACCUCCCCGCCGGAUCCCUCGAGGCCGACGGGGGCAAGGUGGCGUGGAUCCAGGACCGCGUCGCGAGCGUCUCGCGCGAGGCCGUGAGCCUGCAGUCCGCCGGCGGCGAGGAGAUCCCGUACGAGUUCCUGAUCGUGGCUACCGGCGCGGGCGCCACGGACUCCCUGCCCAGCCGCGUGCCGGCCGACGACAAGGCCGAGGGGAUGGAGCUCUUGCGAGAGAUGCAGAAGCGGAUCCGCGAGGCUAAGGAUCUGGUCGUUGUGGGCGCGGGCGCUGCCGGCGUCGAGCUGGCGACGGAUGCGAAGUCGAAGUACCCCGAGAAGAGGGUUGUCUUGGUGCAUUCGAGGGAUGCGGUUAUGCACCGCUUCGGUCCAGAGUUGCAGAAGGCUGCGCGGGAUGGGAUUACGGAGCUUGGGAUUGAGCUUAUUACCGGUGACAGGGUGGUUAGCGAGGAUAAGGAAAAGGGCAUUGUCAUGUUGAAGAGCGGCAAGGAGAUCGUGUGCGAUUGCUUGGUGAACUGUACUGGUCAGAGACCCAACUCUAAGCUUGUUGCUGCGCUGAGCCCGACAUCUAUAUCGGAGUCGGGGCAUAUCCUCACCAAGCCCACUUUACAGAUACUGGAUGACUCGCUACCGAAUAUCUAUUGCUGUGGUGACGUAUCCGAGAAUAACACGGCACAUCCUAACUCACGGUCUGCGAUGCGUCAGGCCAAAAUAGUCGGCUAUAACGUGGUUUCCGCCACAGAAGGCGAAAAGCCUAGGGAGAAAUACAUCCCGCAUUGGACGGAUGGCGGGAUUAAGUUGACUCUAGGACUUGAUAAGUCUGUUGCCAAUCUCGGCGGCGCAAAAGCUGGCUUCGUCAUCCCAACGAAGGAAAAGAAUAUCGCUCUCAUGUCCGCUGGAGCUUGGCACAAACUGGGCGCCAAACCAUUUGAAGACACCGGGUCUGAAUUCUUAGCCAAGAUCAAGGCUAAGAUUUGA